CUUGGUGUGCAUUGCACUUUACACUGAUGGUGGAAAUGAGAGGAAGUAUCUCCCACAGUUUUUCAAGUUUGUAGUUUCUAACCCCAUCUCAGUACGGACAAAGGUACUCUUUAUUAUAAGAUAUCCAUGUCAUGACACAACGUUUUUGGAGGCUUGUUUAGAAAAUCAUACAAAAUCUCACCUUUAUAUAGACCAAGUUGAAUUCGAGCCAGCUCAGCAUUGGGUUGCAACUGUGCUAAAAGCUCCUGAUAAUUCCUUUGAUCAUAAUCCAUUAGCAAGAGAAAAUUUCAAGGAACCCAUUCUCAUUAGACAUGGGGGAGGAAUUUAUAAUUAUCUGUAUCAGCUGAAAUUUUCGCCACCUGAUGGUGCACAAAUGAAAAUUGAGGGAAGUAAGAUUCUAGGUAAAUUUCAGAUAACAUGGCGUACAAAUUUGGGUGAACCUGGUCGCCUGCAAACCCAACAUAUACUUGGUAAUCCCAUUUCUCGCAAGGAGAUUGAAUUACAUGCAGUGGAGAUCCCACCUGCCAUUAUCUUAGAGAAAUCAUUCGUGUUAAAUUUGAAUCUUGUGAACACAACGGACCGAGUAUUGGGACCCUUUGAGGUAUGGUUGUCUGAAAGUGUUUCGUUUGACGAAAGGGGUGUGAUGGUCAACGGACUUCAAAGAAAGACUCUUGGAGAGGUGCAAACAUACAACUCGUUGAAUUUUCAGCUG